CUGGGUACGAGAUUCUGGCCUUAUCAAGUAACGCCUAGUAGAUCUCGCCCUCGGAGUUAGUUAAUUCGGCCCUCCAUAAAAGUACAAAUAUCAGUUUGCAGAAGUUUAGAAGGUUUACACUUUCACCUGGGGCAAACAUGUCUGAUACUGCCGGAAAGACAAUCACAUGCCAGGCUGCUGUGGCCUGGGAGCCAAAGAAGCCUCUGUCCAUUGAGACAAUUGAGGUGGCUCCGCCCAAGGCCCAUGAGGUUCGCAUCAAGAUCUUGGCUACUGGUGUCUGUCAUACUGAUGCGUACACGUUGAGCGGCGUGGAUCCAGAGGGCUUGUUCCCAUGCAUCCUCGGCCAUGAGGGAGGAGGGAUUGUUGAGAGUGUUGGAGAGGGCGUCACCAAGGUGAAACCAGGUGACCAUGUCAUCCCGACCUACAUCCCACAAUGUGGAGAAUGCAAGUUCUGCAAAAGCCCUAAGACAAACCUCUGUAGCAAGAUAAGGUCCACCCAAGGCAAGGGAGUCAUGCCGGAUGGCACGUCACGCUUCACAUGUCAGGGAAAGAGCCUGUAUCAUUUUAUGGGCACUAGCACAUUCAGCCAGUACACUGUGGUAGCUGAUAUCUCUGUUGCAAAGGUGAACGAGAAAGCGCCACUAGACAAGGUCUGCCUCUUGGGGUGUGGCAUUUCAACGGGUUACGGUGCAGUUAUGAACACAGCAAAGAUGGAGCCUGGCUCAACUGCGGCAGUGUGGGGCCUGGGUGCGGUUGGUCUUGCUGUGCUCAUGGGCUGUAGGGCGGCAGGGGCCUCCAGGGUCAUUGGUAUUGACAUCAACCCAGCAAAGUUUGACCUUGCAAAGAAGUUUGGAGCAACAGAAUGUUUGAAUCCGAAAGACUUCACAGACAAGCCAUUUCAACAGGUUCUGGUUGAUAUGACUGAUGGUGGCCUUGACUACACAUUUGAGUGCAUCGGUAAUGUUCACACAAUGCGUCAAGCCCUGGAGGCAUGUCACAAGGGGUGGGGAGAGUCAGUCAUCAUUGGUGUAGCUGCUGGAGGUCAGGAGAUCUCUACACGUCCAUUCCAGCUGGUCACUGGGCGCGUGUGGAAGGGCACUGCCUUCGGAGGAUACAAGAGCGGUGAUGGUGUACCCCAGCUUGUGGAGGACUACCUCGCAGGCAAGGUCAUGGUCGAUGAGUUUGUCACUCACAACAUGGGCCUGGACAAGAUCAACGAGGCUUUUGACUUGAUGCACAGAGGAGAGAGCAUCCGGGCUAUUGUGCAUUUCAAGUGAAAAGUUAUCUAGAAUGAAGACAAGCUUGGCUCAAUAAUAGAACAUCAAUGAAAGAUAAGGAACAGAUUGUUUGAUUAAUGAAAUAAAAGAGAAAAUAAAAUAUUUUGUGAAAGCA